GCACCGACACGGCGACGAAAAGGAAGGUCUUCGUUUACGACGUUCCCAAAUGCGCCUCCGCCGAAGAAUUGCUUCACAAGCUUCCAGGCGACGAUGGUGUGCCCCUGGAGCUCGGAGAGGAGGCCAAUGCGCUGUAUCUGCGCAAGAUGGCGUCACAGAUUCGGCCCUUGCACGAGCAGCUCCUGGCGGGCGGCCAGGGCUUUGCUGUGACGGCCGAACCAUUGGAGGCCGACCUUUUCUACAUUCCGGCCUUCUUCUCGGUCCUCUUCUGGAUGGGCACUCUGGAGGCCAUGCAGUGCACUGCCGAGACCUUUGCAGCCUUGCGCGGUCAGCCUCACUUCCGUCGCCACGGUGGCCGAGACCACAUGGUCCUCUUUGGCGUAGAGUUCGCCUUUUACCGCGACACCGAGCCUGCGUUCCAGCUCACAAGCUACGAGCCAUCGGCCAAAAACUGGCUGGUACUGACCGUUGCUUGUCCGCUCCCGUGUGGCCAACAGCCAGACAGCUGGAGCGUGCGGGAUCGCUUCGUGCUGAUCCCCUUUGCGUCGCGCCUUCGCAAUGCCGGGAGACUUGGGCUCUUGGCACCCUAA